CCAGUUGAGCGACAUCCACUGAGGCAUCGGUCGGCCUACUGGUGAUUUAUUCCUGCGAAAUGCAAUAAAUGAUGAUAAGAUGGGAAAUGUGUCAGUUAAUGGACUGGUCGUCCUAUUUGGCCUGUUGAAUUGCGAGGUGGCGGUCGGAGUUACGUUUAACCAUAAGAAAAGUCGACACAGUUUGUACUAAUAAUAUAGAAUCAUGGUUAAAGUUGUAUACAUUGAUGAAUCAAUAAUGCAUUAAUAGCGAACUAUUUUUGCGGAAAUCUGAGCGUCUUUGCGACUUUUGAACGUGGAUUCCGUAGACACCUCUCGUGAAACGACGGUUGCUGCGCUGAAUGCGCUUUCCUUCGGCGGAAGUGACGUCAUAGGUCAGUGGGGUGACGUCGAACGCGAAGGGGACUUAUUGUCAGUGAGCACACGCAUGGACUCACCAGAAGUUCAAAAGGUCCAGAAGAGAUGCACGUUUGACGAUGAAGAAGAUGUGGAUAAUACCUAUAAGGUGAUGCUGAUAGGUGACAGUGGGGUGGGCAAGACGUGCCUACUGGUUCGCUUCAAGGAUGGUGCUUUUCUCUCAGGAAGCUUCAUUUCUACAGUGGGAAUCGACUUCAGGAAUAAAGUUGUGGAAGUAGAUGGUACCAAAGUUAAACUUCAGAUCUGGGACACGGCAGGCCAGGAAAGGUUUCGCAGUGUCACACACGCUUACUACCGCGAUGCCAAUGCACUCCUAUUGUUGUAUGAUGUGACAAACAGAUCCAGCUUUGACAACAUUCGGGCUUGGCUGACGGAGAUCAAUGAAUAUGCUCAAGAGGAUGUGGUGAUUAUGUUGCUGGGCAACAAGGCAGACAUGGCGGGGGAGCGCAUCAUUCGAGCUGAGGAUGGUGAGAAAUUAGCAAAGGACCACGGUGUAGCAUUCAUGGAGACCAGUGCCAAGACAGGGAUGAAUGUUGAGCUGGCCUUCAUGGCCAUUGCCAGAGAUUUGAAGAUGAAGAAGACCCGACAGCCCAUGGACCCAACCUUCAAUGUGGCCGCCUAUGUGGACAGUCAGAAGAAGACGCCAGGCUGCUGUAGUUAGCUGUAGAACACACUGCCACGCCUCCAUUCUUCCCUGUCGCCAACUAUUUGCUGCCACUGUCAUUGGGGACCAUGCUGGUACAACUUGUGACGUCUGAUAUUACAACGUGGGUCUCACAUAUUGUGGGGAGGGCAUUACAGAUAGAUUUUAGCAUACAAUAUUUGUGGUUAUUUUAUGUCUGCUGUGUUGACAGGGAAUUGUUUUUGGUUGUCGUUUGAAUGAAGAUGUUUUAUUUUUAUUAGAGACUAUAAAAUGACUAAAGUUGAGUUGUUGAAUCUAAGAUAUGCAUGAGAUGUGGUUUUGAACUUCAUUCAUUUCAUGUUUUCAAAAAAAAUUCUUUUGAGAGAGCAUUUAAAGAGUUGUUUUAGCUCAUCUAUUUUUUGAAAAAAAAUUAUGAGCUAUUUUCAUCACCUUGGCGUCGGCGUUGGCGUCCGGUUAAGUUUUGCGUUUAGGUCCAUUUUUCUCAGAAAGUAUAAAUGCUAUUGCAUUCAAACUUGGUACACUUACUUACUAUCAUGAGAGGACUGAGCAGUCAAAGUGAGAUAACUCUGGCGUGCAUUUUGACAGAAUUAUGUGCCCUUUUUAUACUUAGAAAAUUGAAAAUUUUGGUUAAGUUUUGCGUUUAGGUCCACUUUUCUCAGAAAGUAUCAAUGCUAUUGCAUUCAAACUUGGUACACUUACUUACUAUCAUGAGGGGACUGGGCAGGCAAAGUUAGAUAACUCUGGGGUGCAUUUUGACAGCAUUAUGUGCCCUUUUUAUAUUUAGAAAAUUGAAAAUUUUGGUUAAGUUUUGUGUUUAGGUCCAUUUUAUUCCGUAAGUAUCAAAGCUAUUGCUUUCAUACUUGCAACACUUACUAACUAUCAUAAGGGGACUGUGCAGGCAAAGUAAUGUAACUCUGACUGGCAUUUUGACAGAAUUAUGUGCCCUUUUUAUACUUAGAAAAUUGAAAAUUUGUUUAAGUUUUGUGUUUAGGUCCACUUUAUUCCUACAGUAUCAAAGCUAUUGCUUUCAUACUUGCACCACUUAUUAACUAUCAUAAGGGGACUGUGCAGGCAAAGUUAUGUAACUCUGGCAUUUGGACGGAAUUAUGGGCCCUUUAUACUUAGUUUUUACCCCUAAAGUAUCAUAGAUAUUGCUUUCAUACUUGGAACACUCACAAACUAUCAUAAGGGUACAGUAAAAGGACAAGUUGCAUGACUCUGGUUGUCAUUGUUACGGAAUUAUGGCCCUUUUUUGACUUAGUAACUUUGAAUAUAUGGUUAAAUUUUGUGUUUCGAUCCACUUUACUUCUUAAGUAUCAAGGCUAUUGCUUUCAAACUUCAAAUACUUUCAUGCUAUCAUGAGGUUACUGUACCUGGCAAGUUGAAUUUUACCUUUGCCUUUGAAUGACCUUGACUCUCAAGGUCAAAUUAUUAAAUUUUGCUAAAAUUGCCAUAACUUCUUUAUUUAUGAUUAGAUUUGAUUGAUACUUUGACAAAACUACUCUUACCUGACAUACCACAAUAGACUCCACCCAAACCAUCCCCUGUGCCCUUCCCCCC